GACCUGUCCCCCUUGCAGAUCCAGGAUGGGCGAGUUCAACGAGAAGAAGGCCACGUAUAGCACAGUCUGCCUUAAGUACCUGCUGUUUUGCUACAACUGCUGCUUCUGGCUGGCCGGCCUGGCCGUCAUGGCGGUGGGUGUCUGGACCCUGGCCCUCAAGAGCGACUACAUCAGCCUGCUGGCCUCUGGCACCUACCUGGCCACGGCCUACAUCCUGGUGGUGGCCGGCGUCGUCGUCAUGGUCACUGGCGUGCUGGGCUGCUGUGCCACCUUCAAGGAGCGGCGGAACCUGCUGCGGCUGUACUUCAUGCUGCUGCUGCUCAUCUUCCUGCUGGAGGUCAUCGCGGGCAUCCUGGCCUAUGUCUACUACCAGCAGCUGAAUGCCGAGCUCAAGGACAGCCUCAAGGGCACCAUGACCAUGCAGUACCGGCAGGCCGGCCACGAAGGGGUGACCAGUGCCGUGGACAAGCUGCAGCAAGAGUUCCACUGCUGUGGCAGCAACAACUCGCAGGACUGGCGGGAGAGUGUGUGGAUCCGCUCAGGGGAGGCUGAGGGCCGCGUGGUUCCUGACAGCUGCUGCAAGACGGUGGUGCCCAACUGUGGGCAGCGGGACCAUGCCUCCAACAUCUACAAGGUGGAGGGCGGCUGCAUCACCAAGCUGGAGACCUUCAUCCAGGAGCACCUGAAGGUCAUCGGGGCUGUGGGCAUCGGCAUUGCCUGUGUGCAGGUCUUUGGCAUGUUCUUCACUUGCUGUCUGUACCGGAGCCUCAAGCUGGAGCAUUACUGAGCCGGGCGUGGCUGCCCACCGUGCUGCAGCUGCCCCCACUACUGAGCUGACACUACUGAGAGCAGAGGGGCCCAGGCCUCCCCUCUGCCCCUGCCCCGUGCCUGUG